AUGGAGGAGGCGGACGAGGAGCGGGAGAAGGAGCUGCUGCUGGAGCAGCAGCAGCAACAGCAGCAGCGGAUUCCGAAGGAAGGGGAGAAGCAGCAAAAGUCCUCAAAGUCUUUUUCAAAUGUCAAAAAAAAAGUUGAAAGUGGAGAAAAACAAGAAAGACAAAAGGGCUUCUUAGUUGCUGUUGAGGGAGGAGCUGCCACUCUCAAGGGCAUUAUGCAUGCGCAGGAAAGAGGACAGGUGUUUGUGUCACCUGGCGAUGAGGUCUACGCGGGGAUGCUUGUGGGACUCCACAAGAGGCCAAACGAUUUGCCGGUGAAUAUCUGCAAAGCCAAAAAGCUUACAAAUAUGAGGGCCCCCACGAAGACCAUCACAGAGGGCCUCGUGCCUCCCUUGAAAAUUAACUUAGACCUUGCGCUGGACCUCAUCGGG